AAUACAAUCAAAUAUUAAAUCUCACGAAUUAGCUAAUAUGAUUGUAUGACUCAUUUUAGUCCCAACUUUGGGGUACAUAUAACAAUUAUUUAAUAAUUGAAUGAAACGGACAGGGACUUAUAAACAAUUACCCGCAAGAACAAGGACCUAUAGGCAUAAAUAUCUUAAUAUAAUCCAGAUUAUUUAAUAUUCUAAUUAAUGUCUCCGUUUAUAUAUAAGAUACUAUAUAUAUUUGCACCUGAUACCAUUACGUAACUGAAAGUGAUAAUUAAAUCAGAAUAAACAAAAGCGAGUCGAGUCCGACACACAGUCGGUGGAUGAGAAAAAAAAACGAAAGCUCACUUCGAGCCAAAAAAAAAAAAAAAUCAUGGAUAUCAGCUGCCUGAAAUUCCGGCGAAUCUCCGGCCACAUUCUCACCGGAAUAUCCGAAUAUUGUAAUUAAAUGCUACGCUUUUUAGUAUCUGCAGUUUUUUUUUACCUGAGCGCGCUAUUCGUCACUGUUUCUGUAUAAUAAAACAUCGUGUGGAUAAAUUAGUAGUUGUGGAUUGUUUAGCUGCUGACAUUGUUGACGGUUGCCGGUGAAAUCGUAUUUCUUCUGCGCACUCUCUUUUUCGCGGAGCCUCUGCGGUUUCGUCGGGUUCCCCCUUUUGUACAGUCUCUCAAUCUCGUUUUUCAAAGGGUUGCCAUCUUCCAUUAUCCUAUCCUUCUCCAUUAUCUGUAUUAUAUCUCCGGAGCAUCAAGUUCUUUUGGUAUUAUCAUGAACGGUAUUCAUCACAACGGCAAAAACAGCAAUUUAGAGAAAAAAUACGCAGGAUGCUUGGGGAGAAUGGUGAACCUCUUCGAGUUGAAUACAGAGAUGCCUGCAAACAGGCUGCUCCAAGAUAAACCGCAUGCAGAUGGUUCCUCACUCUCAAGGAGCAGAUCAGAUGUAUCAAGGAUGAGUCUAUCUGGUGAUUCGGCAGAAGAAAAAGUGACUGUAUCGGAGUUCAAGAGCAGUUCCUCAAACAGAAAAUCAAAUGGAACACCGAUGAAAAUGCUCAUAGCCCAAGAGAUGUCCAAAGAAAUCGAAUCCAGACGGGACCCACCUAAUUUAGUUGCCAAACUAAUGGGACUUGAUGCCCUUCCUCGACAGGAACCUGACUCCGCAAUACAAAGAAGGCAUUCUAGAGGUCAUCCUCGAAGCCAUUCAGAGAUUCCUUUGAGUUACUGGGAGCAGCAAAAUGGAUUCUUUCACUAUGUAGAUCCAAAAGAAUACAAAGAUGUUGAUGGAAAUUUGCAGCAAUCACAGAAACCACCACACAAGGGAAUAUACGAGGAGACUGUAAUUGACAAAAAGAUGGCUCUCGUUCGUCAGAAGUUCAUUGAAGCAAAACGGCUGUCUAUGGAUGAAAAACUCCGUCAGUCUAAGCAAUUCCAUGAUGCAUUAGAAGUUUUGAGCUCAAAUAAAGACUUGUUUCUUGAGUGUCUGCAAGAACCGGAUUCAUUUUUUUCCGAGCAUCUUUACGGUCGGGAAUCUGUUCCUCCUCCUCGAGAGACAAGGCGAAUCACUGUUCUUAGACCUUCAAAGAUGGCAGACGAUAGUGAUAUUUCUCGACCGGAGAAAAUAAAUGGAAAACAAAUAAAAAAGGGUUCCUUAUUUCAGCUGAAUGGGUUAGAUAAAAUCCAUCCAGGAAACUCUCCUCCUGCAAGUUCCCCUGAACCAACGCGUAUAGUUGUUCUAAAACCAACCACCCAUGGCAAACCACAUGCUGUUAAUGCUGUUGGUUCCCUUCUGUCAGAAUUACCAAAGAUACUGCACAGUGAAGAUUUUUUUGGGGAUGUGGAAGAUGAAGAGAAUCGACAAUCAAGAGAAAUGGCUAAAGCAAUCACACAACAAAUUCAUGAAAAACUCGGUAGGCACCGCAGAGAUGAAACCUUGAUUUCUUCUGUAUUCUCCAAUGGUUAUGUAGGUGACGAAAGUUCAUUUAAUAAAUCAGAAAUUGAUUAUGCAGAUGGUAAUUUCAGUGACUCGGAAGUCAUGUCCCCUGUAUCUAGGCACUCGUGGGAUUAUGUCAAUAGACUUGGUAGUCCUUACUCAUCAUCCUCGUUUACUCGGGCGUCGUAUUCUCCAGAGUCAUCAGUUUGCAGAGAAGCAAAGAAACGUCUCUCUGAAAGAUGGGCCAUGAUGGCAUCUAAUGGGAUUUGUCAAGAACAAAAACCGGUUCGGAGAAGCUCCAGCACAUUAGGCGAAAUGCUUGCUCUUUCUGAGACGAAGGAUGCCUCUCCUGAGGAGGAAGGAAGUUCUAGUAAAGAACCCAUGGAUUUAAAUUCUUUUUUAGUCAGUGAAUCGAGAGAAGAAGGAAAUGUGGAUUAUUCACCAAGAAAUCUAACGAGGUCAAAGUCUGUUCCUGUAUCUUCCAUCCAGAUUGAAAAUAGGCUUAAUGUCUCAGUUGCAGAUAAUGAAAAACCGGAAUCUCCCAAGGAGGAUGUAAAGGCAAGAAGUGUGAAAUUAUCAUUCACAGGUAAAGUUUCAAGUUUGUUUUUUUCAAGGAACAAAAAAACUGGCAAAGAUAAAUCUCUUGUAUUCGGAACCAAAGAUGAAUUUCACUCUGGUCCUGGAGAAAUUCACUGUGAUAGAAGUGAAAGUCUUGGUGAUAAAGGGUCGGACCAUGCUUCAUCAGGUCUGCUGGAGCCAUCAAGUAACUCAUCUUCCUCGAAUCUAAUUGGCGAGCUGGGCACGAUAUCUCCUGAGACUGGAUUUGCUGCGGCAAAACCUAUUGCAUCUGGAAACCCAGGUGAAAACCAGGAGCAGCCAAGUCCAAUAUCCGUCUUAGAUUCACCCUUCGGAGAGGAUGAACAUACAGAAAAACUGUUUCGACAUUGUAUCAAGCCGGUCCAACACGUAUCAGGAGUUGAUCCUCCACAUAAUUCUAUUGGAUCAAAUUUGAUCGACAAAUCACCACCCAUAGGAUCCAUAGCUCGCACCCUAUCAUGGGAUGAUUCAUGUAUAAACACCGCCACAUCACACCCGACAGAGGAAUCGCUAACCACCACCCAUGAUGAAACCAAUGAAAAUCAAGAAUGGUCCUUUUUUUUCAAGACAUUAUUAUCUGUGUCCGGUCUCGAGUGCGAGAUGCAAUCCACCUCUUUCCUGGCAAAAUGGCACUCACUCGAAAGCCCAUUAGACCCAUCACUAAGAGACAAGUACGUCGACUUACAAAACGAGAACAAACUGCACGAGGCCAAGCAAAGGCAGGGGAGAUCAAUUCAAAGGCUAGUGUUCGAUUGCGUAAAUUCAGCACUAAUCGAGAUUACAGGGUAUGGAUCAGAUUCAGGACAAAAACCUAUAGGGGACGAGGUUUGGGCUUUGAUGAACGCAUGGUUCUCGGAGGAUGUGGACGACUGUGGAGACGACACCUGUCUGAUGGUGGAGAGGGUGGUGAGGAAGGAGGUGGUGGGGAAGGGGUGGAAUCGUCAUUUUAGAUUGGAGAUAGAUAAUUUAGGCAAGGAAAUCGAAGGGAAGUUGCUGGAAGAGCUUGUGCAGGAAGCCUUGGUUGAAUUCGACUAGUGUUGGACGAUCGAUUUUUGAAAUUAACUUGUAUCCUUUUUAUUUAAUUCACAACUCUAUUUAUUCUUGUAACGUGUAUUUUUUUACUCGACAGUUGUCUCGUCGUCCCGUACGUAGUUUUUCAGCGAUGCAAAUCGUUGCAUCUUGUAUAUUACUUGUAUUUCUCAGAAAAAAACAUAAGAAUGGUAUCAACUUAAUCCAUGAAAUACAGAUAUGAUAAUCAUAGUAUCAUAGUAUUUAAAUAUAUCUGCUGCCCA